AUUAACGGAUGACCUCUGUUCCAGGCGAUCACCUCAAGAUAUGCCGCGGGGAGACCACCUGCUGCACGGAGGUGAUGGAACGCAAGCUAAGUGUGGAGAGUCGCCAGGAGUUCGACACCAACCUCAAGAACCUCCUCAACCCCCUGGCCAACCUCCUCAACAAGAAGAACGUCAAGCUGAACGAGGUGUUCUACAAGCUGCUCAACCAGAGUAGGAAAAACUUCGAUGACAUGUUCCGACGCACCUACGGGAUCUUGUACCAGCAGAACUCCUACGUGUUCACGAAGCUUUACGACGACCUGGAGAACUACUUCAGGACCGGGGAACAGGACCUGCAGGACACCAUGGAUGACUUCUUCAAGCUCCUGUACCAACGCAUGUUCACCGUCUUCAAUGUCCAGUACCAGUUCAAUGCCAGGUACCUGCGAUGCGUGACUCACCACAUGGAACAGCUGAAGCCGUUUGGUGAAGUGCCGAAGAAACUCACAACUCAGAUCAAGAGAAGUUUUGUGGCCCUGCGCACCUUUGCCCAAGGACUUGCCACCGGCCGAGAUGUAGUGAAAAAUGUCCUCAAGGUCAACCCAAGCAUCAGCUGUGUGCACGAGCUGAUGAGGAUGACCCACUGUGGCACCUGCGACGGCCACCAGGGUGUGUGGCCGUGUCUGAUGUACUGCCGGGAAGUGAUCAACCUCUGCCUCGUCCAUCACCAGCCUCUCAUCAGCCACUGGACGGCUUAUGUUGAUGCAAUGAUUGAUGUUGGGGAGAGAUUAGAGAAUCCUUUCAACAUUGACAAUGUUGUCCAACCAGUGAACUACAAAGUCUCGGAUGCAAUCAUGAAUUUCCAGGAGUCAGGUGUUGACAUUUCCGACAAGGUGUUCAAAGGAUGUGGCCCACCUCAGCUGGGACGCAGGAAGAGGGAGGCUGUGCGAGGUGAGCUGAAUCAAGAGUUUUUGGACUUCAGCAACAACAACCGACAGGACAAGAAGCGGGAGAGGGAGACCGACACUGUGUCCGUCAGCAGGCACAUCCAUGAAAUUAAGACGAAGAUAAGGAAUUCUCGUGACUUCUGGAGUGAGCUGCCCACCAAGAUGUGCAGCAGCGCCGCCAGGGAAGGAGCCACUAACUGCUGGACUGGCACCAAGCUGGGCAAGUAUGAAGGAAGCUCUGCGCUGAAUGCCACUGAGCCACACCACAGCUCGGAGAUGGAUGAGCAGAUCAUGCGCCUCAAGGUGAUCACCAACAAGCUGCAGGAUGCCUACAAGGGGAGAGACGUGUCUUGGAUAGAUGAAGAUACUUGGCUGAGGUCCGGCAACAAGGAGGGGGAAGGGACUGUGGGUGACGAUGCAACAGUGACAUAUGAGGGCAGUGGCAGCGGCAGUGGUGAUGGUCCCCCAGCCUCCUCAGGCCACUAUCCCCCUGACGACGAGGAUGCCUACACGUCUGGAAAGGGAGAUGACGGGUAUACUGGCGAUAACUAUGACGACGAGGACAUCUACGUUUACAACAACAACAGAGGCAAAGAGAACCACAACAACCAUGCUCACGAAGGCUCAGGGGCAGGCUGGGAAGGGGACAGGGAUGAUUAUGAAGGCUCAGGAGGCUAUGUGCCCAAGGCUCACAGGCCAGUGUAUGAAAGCAAGCCUCCACGGAAACCCCAAGAAACCCCCAGCCACAACACUCCCAAGAGCGAGGCGGAGCAGCCCCCCUCGGCAGCCUCCAAGGAGUCCAUGUCCCUCAAACGUGCCAUCACCAUCUACAUGCUCCCAGCCAUCAUCAUGUUCCUGGGCUCUUUAGCCUAAGGCACCCCAUUAUCUACACAGGCAACAAAGCAAGAGCCAUAGGAUGAAGAAAGUGAAUAAAAACAGUUUUCCGAGUGUAUGAGAGGUGAAAGGUGACUUGAAUGUGUCACCCGUUGAUGAGGUCAUUUAAACAAUAAGAAACAGUUUACCGGUAGAUGACAAAAUUUUGAGAUAAUUGACUAAGUGUAAAAAAUAUUUAUUUUUAACAUUUAGUUUUUCACAUUGAAACUACUAUUCACCUUUGACAAAAAUAUGAUAGUGCUUUAUUGCAACAAACCAGAAUAAUGGUUUUAAAUAUCAAAAGCAAAUAUUUAUGAAACAGACUACCAGUUAGUGUGUUGUGUUGUUUAAAAUGGCUUAGUAUUGUGAACUGUUUUCAAAUGUGCAUUAAUUACGUCAGAAGCCGUAUGAUGAAGGAAAUGGUGCUGGAAGUGUUCUUUGAAAGUGUUGGCCACGUUAGCAGAACAGAACAAGAAGAGACACCCGUGUUGUGCUGGCCUGAGGCGGCCCCGUGGAGGCUGCCACUGAACUCUGCUGUUGAUUGUUGCCGAGAAAUGUGACUGUGGUUCUUCGAGUCUGGUGUUUGGAGAUCUCUCUCCUCUGUAAUUUCUAUUUAAACAUUACAUGAAGGAAAUAUCAUGAAUGUCUCUCACAGUCCGAGAAACUGUCAACUCUGCAGAAGCCCUGUUACAGGGAAUCAGGAUUAUAAAGCUUUGAAACUAAUGUAAUGGAACUUGUAUGCCAAGAGUAUAACCUUGUAACAAGUUACACAAUCAAGUUGAUUUAUUAAUGUCCAAUAGUUGUACUGAAGCUUGACAGCUGUAUUUAAUUACUGUGUUUAUUUUGCUUUACUAAUGGUUCAACCCGACAGUAAAUGACUUGCUGUUUUAUUGCAAACUCUUUCAAUGGCCAAUGCUGAUGUGUAUCUUAAUUUCUUUCUUUCCAAGGCCAAGCUAUGAUAUCAGUCUUAAGAUAGAUGUUCAAACAACCUAACACUGAAUCCCAUGCAUGCAGUCCCCUUCUGUUGCUGUGAUAGCUAAGUAUAUCAAAACAUUUAUCUGGUCUUGAAUCAAAACUCGGCCGUCCAGGCAAGAAAUUAACAAUACUACAUUUUCUUUCUUUUAUUUCUUAUUUAUGUGACCUAUUCUGAAUAUGUAGUCCACUAUGUAUGAAUGUGUAUGUAUAAUGUGAUUAGUUUUCAGCAUACUCUUACUUUUGUCUAGAGUGAUGAAAGUACUGUUAGAAUCAUCAGAUCAUUACAUUACAGAGAUUUAGGAGUCUCAUUGUAAGCGUGUCUUUUUUCAUCAUCAUUGUGAGAAAAUGAUUUGUCUGUUGUGUGAUAAUCAUCAUACUUGCAUAUAGAUAUCUUCUAAGAGCAUAAUAUAGACCAACAAGAGGACCUCUCACCCUAGAUGUAAUAUAACAGGUAGUCAAGAUGUGAGGACUUAAUGAAUUAUUACUGUUGACAUUCACUGCGGGUGGUGUUCUUAGUUAGUACAGCGGCCCAGAAUCUACUUCAUAAUCCCACGGGAGGAUGCCGGAACGCUCUGUAUUUAAUGCCUGGAUGCAGUGCUGUUACUCAUGCCCUGCUAUGUCUGGUAGCAGUUAGGGGUUCAAGUUGGGUCUUGACUCUCCCCUUCGGUGCAACCCAAACAAUCAUGUCAAUCUUGAAUGGAAAGCAAUAAGUGUGUACAAUAUUAUAAGAUGAUUUGAGAAAGACUUCAGAACCACCACACAUCCAAAAAGAUUAUACCCAACAGUGGCUCCAAAUGAAAGAAUUACAUACCAGUAGAUGUGAUGUAGGUCUCAUUCAGUGUUUUAGUUAUGUAUCACUUGUGCACAUACACGGACAGUGAUCUCAAGAGCUUAGUUAUUCUCUACCUCCCCUCACACAUAGGUGGUUUCUUGGUCUGGUCAGUCAGGAUAUACAGAGGAGUGCUUGCAGGUGUUAUGUAUUUUUUUGUCUUAAUUCAAACCUCCUACAGGAAGAGUUGUGUAUAUCUGGCUAGGAAGUGUUCAAUGUACCGUACUAAGUUAUUGGGUCCAUGCAUAUUGUGUGUGUUUGCAUGUUUUCCCAUAAUUUCUCAGACACUGAGUUGGUAGUCACAGUUCAGAAUGCACUCUAAUAAACCCAUCUCAUUUCCAUAAAACUUAAGUAAGCACAAGAGAUAUUAUAGUUUUGUUAUUUGUAAUAUAACUGCCAGCAAGCCAAGGUACCUUGUAAGCCUGUCACAAAUUCUAUUUCAUAACAAUUGUAUACAUUAGCUUUAUGUAUGUAUCAAAUUCAGUUGUAAUCUGUAAUAUUGGUUUUCAAUAGUUUUUGUUUUUCUGCAAGUUCCUCACAUCAACUGAUAAAUUUGUAAAUCUUGAGUGAGGUUCUCCAUUCAGUGUGCAGUCCCUGGAGGUCCCUAAAGGACUGAGGCAGUGGUAGACUUAUGUAAGCCUUGCUGCACAAUGAGUAUCUCAAACUCUUACCUGUGACUCCUCAGGUUACUCUCGGUCUUGGUCUUGCCCCUCAUUGGUGGUGUUCACUUGAGACGCCUGCAUUUGUUGGACAUUCUCCCAGCUCUGAAAAAAAAUAUAAAAAUCAUUUAGCCUCAUUGUGCAGAUACUCUAAAGUAAAUUUUAAUUUGAAAUCUUUAUUCAGUAAUUUAUGAUAAUGUUUUAAGGAACAACACUGAUGGGAAGUAAUUAGAAAAUGGGGAACAGUUUCUCAAAACAUUUCCUUUCAUUCAGUAAUGUAUGUAAAAUCUAAAGGGAAACUCCCUCAGCUUUCCUCUGUACUCCUCGAGACUGUAGUGCUGAUGUCGCAGGCUUCACUCAUCAAUAAGACCUCAAACAAUACUGCAUUUAAUUAUAAUAGUCUCAAGCACUGAUGUCAAGGAUGUGGAUUGAUUAUUGCCUCGAUCAAUCAAUCAGUCAGUCAAUUACUGGGCAGUUCAUUAAAUUCCAUUCUGUAGGGAGGAUGUCUGUACAGAGAUAUUUUGUUAUUUUAUUGUACAUAAUACAUAAUGUGAAAAUCUC